AUGAACAGUAAGAAAGGUGUGAAGAAGAUCAAUGCUGUGACGACUGAUAUCUCUGCUUUUCCGUUUGACUGCAAAGCUCUUGGCCCACCCAAGCUGUCGAGGAAGAACAAGGUCCCAUCUUGCAAAGGUCUCCCUGGAGCUCAGGUCUACACCCGCAAGGGUAUGUCCACAAUCAUGUCCUCGGCUGUUCGUGGCUAA